AUGGCCUCCCGCAGGUCCCUGGGCGGCGGCCGUGUGCUGGGGAGCGGGAGGAACCUGUCGUCCGCCGUGUCGCCCGCCGCCUCGCCCGCCGCCUCGCCCGCCCCCGCGCCCCCGCACACGCUGCAAGCACCGCAGCCACAGCACGGCCAUGUCCGCAACGUGAGCCUGCUGUCGCCCUCGGAGAGCUCCGUGUCGCUGAGCAGCCAGACGUCCGUCAGCCCCGCCAGCAUCGCCGAGACGGGAGAGGACAUUGGCAGCAAGGUCCUGCUGGGCCCCAGUGAGCAUGCCGCCGCUCGUGCCAGCAGUCGUCUGGCGUGUCCCAUAUGCAAUGAGCACAUGGUCACGCUCCUCCAGCUCAACCGCCAUCUCGACGACAACCACCAGAACCUCGUCGAGGAAGAGCAGGAUGAGGUCAAGAACUGGUUCGAGGAGCAGAUGGUCAAGGCCAAGAAGUUCCAGCCCCUCGCCGUCCUGAACCAGAAGCUCAAGGGCCUCGACGUCUUCGAAUCCAACAGCGCCCCUACGCCGCCGCCUGCCUCGCACACCCGCACCGCCCACGACACCCCACCCGCGCCCAUCAUCCGCAGAGAUCCGGAGGAAGAAGUCACAAGAGCGCACUGGCAGAGACCUGGCUAUCGAGACGUGUGCUCAGACCCCCUCUGCCGACGCCCCAUCACAGCCUCUGGCGUGGCCUUGGGGAACAGCCAGUCCGCCGUCAACUGCAGGCAAUGCGGGCAAUUGUUCUGUGAAGACCAUACCCUCUACCAGAUGAAGCUGUCACGAGCAGCCAAACAUGAACCCGUACGCGGUAUCUGGUGCCGUGUGUGUGAGACGUGUUACAAGUCGAGAGAAGGGUACAACGACCACCAUGGACUGGAGCGCAACCACUUUGACGAGUUUGCCAAGAUUCGAAGGAAGAGGCUAGACCGAGAGCACAUGGAGGUCAGCCGGCUGGAAAAGCGCCUCACCAAGCUGACACAACUACUCGCCGACCCGCCGCCGGCCGAGGGCACACCCACUGCUGGACGCUGGUUCGGACUGUCGACGGUUGGCAUCUCCACGGCCAAGAACCAGCGCAAGGCACUGGAGCAGUCCAUCAUCACUUGGGAGGAAGACGCAAAAGUCUCACACUGCCCAUUCUGUCAGCAGGAGUUCUCCACCUACACGUUUCGGAGACACCACUGCCGUAUGUGUGGACGAGUGGUCUGCGGCGAUCCAAACACCGCCUGCUCGACAGAGAUCGGUCUGAAUGUCAACCCGAACAGGUCAGAGAAAAUCACCGACCAAAUGAGUGUCGACGUGCGCAUGUGCAAGGAUUGCAACCACACCUUGUUCAGCAGGAGCGACUUUGAGCGUGAAAUGGCCCAACGGCCAAAGGACCAGCGGGCGUACGAGAACCUGGCACAGUUUGAAAGAGGCAUUCGACUGCUGUUACCACGGUUUCAGAAGCUGUUGACAGCCUUGCAGGAUCCUGAAAGACCACCCACGCCUCAACAACUCACAGAUGCUACAAAAGUGCGCAAACGCCUCAUGGACGCCUUCGCACAAUUCGACGCAGCUGCCAAAAGAAUACGCGACCUACCAACCGAAUCACCUACACAGAAGCGGCUCCAACAAGCCGUCUACCAGCAAGCCUACAGCUUCCUAAGUCUCCACAUGCUCCCGCUCCGCUCACUACCGAAAAUUCUCAAACACGCCGCGCCCCAAGGCCGACCCACUGGAGGCGGUGCCCUAGCAGCCAUCAAGGCCAGCGACAAAUCUGGCGGUAGCGUCGUCGGCAGCAGCGAGGUAUCCGCCAUGGAAACAGAAGAGAAAGAGCUCAGAGAGAGGCUGAUUGUGCUCGAGGAGCAGAAAUUCAUGGUCAGCGAGAUGGUGGCCGAUGCCACCAAGCACAGACGCUUUGACGAGCACACCACUCUCGCACAGAACUUGGACGAUCUCAAUCAGGAGAUUGAUCACAUUACUGGGCAGUUGGCACAGCUGGACUUUGCGAGCGCGUAUCAGAGGGAUGAGAAUAGUCCUGCGCUAAGGUGA